AUGGCGAACAACGAAAGUCUCAGGUUGAAACAUUUUCCCCCAUCCCUCACUAAGGCGGCGUUUACAUGGUUCACCACGUUGCCUCCAAAUUCUGUUGACUCAUGGCCUAAGUUGGAAAAACUCCUUCAUGAGCAAUUUUAUGAGGGACAUUCGAAAAUUAGUCUGGUACCUGAACAUGAACCGGUUCAGAUGGUUGCAGAAGUUUUAGACUAUUCCAUCAAGAAGAAAAUAGACCCAAAUUUUGUCAAAAGUAUGUCACAGUUAGCUGAUAGGGGUCGACAUCUCGAACGCCUGCGACUAGAAAAAGUCAGGCACACUAAGGCCAAGGGUAAGAAAGAGAAAGUGGCCUAUGUUGAUUACGAUGACACAGAACCUAUAUAUGAAGCUGAUUACAUCUCACCGAUAGAGGCAGAGAUUGAUCUGGCUGAAAUGAAACCAAGGCCAGUGUACGAAUGUAAAUCGCUGUUUCCGUCGAAAGGAAAGAAUGUCUCUGUCGACAACAUUUCGAGAUUUCCUGCGAAAGCUUAUACUUUUGAUAUUAGUAAAUGUGAGGAAAUUUUCGAUGCAUUGGUUAAAGAUGGUCAAAUUUUAGUACCCCCAAAUGCUAAAUUGCCACCAUUAGAGCAGCCACAAAAGAGAGGUUUUUACAAAUGUCAUAAUUAUCUUGGGCAUCCAACCUUUCAGUGUUUUCUUUUCAAGGAUCUGGUCUAG